AGAGAAAGAAACCCUAAAAAAAAAACUCUCACUAAUACUAUCUCGGUAUCUCUCUAACUCUCUUCUCUAACAGCAGCCAUAAGUGACUGUUGCACCUUCACCACUACCAGUGACCACCACUGCCAUUACGGACGGUAUCCAUAGACCCUCACCACCACCAUCAUCGACGGCAAGACCAAGCAAUCGUUGGCGCCCUCAGUCACCACCACCACCGCGAGCACCAGGCAAUCACCAUUAAAGAACCCUUUGUUCACGUUUACGGAGGCAAGCAAGGAACCACCACCAAUAGCAGCCCUCUGUCGAAGACACCACGGAGGAUCAAAGAACUUAGGACAAUCCAACUAAAGACAAGGAGCAGAGGAGAAGAAUCUAAAGUAAACCAUUUUGUAAAAGAUGCAGAACGAUGAGGUUAUAUGGCAGGUUAUCAGGCACAAGCACUGCAGUUUUAUGGCCAAAAUUGAAACUGGGAUUUUUUGCCGAAACCCAUAUAAUGUGACUGGAAUCUGUAACCGGAGCUCUUGCCCUCUUGCCAAUAGUCGCUACGCCACCAUUCGUGACCAUGAUGGAGUGUUCUAUCUUUAUAUGAAAACUAUUGAAAGAGCUCAUAUGCCUAACAAAUUGUGGGAAAGAGUUAAGUUGCCCAGGAAUUAUGAAAAAGCACUCGAAAUCAUUGACAAACAUUUGAUGUAUUGGCCUAAGUUUCUUGUACACAAGACGAAGCAACGACUGACAAAAAUGACACAAAUGAGGAUAAGAAUGAGGAAGCUUGCAUUAAAAACAAGGGAGAAAAUAAUGACCACACCUAGAAAAGAGAAAAAGAGGGAGUCUAGGAGAGAGGAAAAGGCUGAAAAAGCUGCCUUGUUGGAUAAGAGUAUCGAAAAAGAAUUACUAGAACGCCUUAAAAAAGGAGUUUAUGGUGAUAUAUAUAACUAUCCUGUCAAAGAAUACAACAAGGUUCUCGAGCAGGAAGAAUUACAGCUUGCCAGCGAAGAAGAAGUUGAGGAGGAACCUGAGAUUGAAUAUGUUGAGGGUUAUGAGGAACUUGAGGAAGAGGAUGAUAUAGAAGAUUUUGACGGUCUUGGAAUUGAGCGAAGUCACACGGAUGAUGAUGAUGAUAAUGUUGGACUGGAUGAAGAUGAUAAAGAUGCAGAACUACUUCUUCACAAGAGAGUGAGAAAAGAGUCUGUUAUGGCUGCUAGAAAGAUUGAGAAAGAUGGAGCUGUUGCUAAAUUGAAAAAGAAGGCGAGGGUAAUUGUUGAGGUUGAGCAUGAAGAGGAUGGUGGUGGAAGACAAAAGGCAGUCCAAAGUAUUGCUUGAUUUGUUUGCCCCAUGAAAGAUAUAGCUGCAGGGGUCCUUUCUGUGAGGUCAGAUGUAGAUUUUUCCCAAAGCUUACCGAGCCAAAAGAAAGUAGAAUAGGAAAACUCGCAACUACAGACAACAAAAUUUUGAUAGUUGGGUCACCUAAUUAUAAUUAAAAGUUAAAACUAUGUCAUUUGAAGAGAAUUUUGUCUUAGAUGCUAAGUUCUGUUCUGUAUUCUCACCCACUUGUAUUGUAGGAGUAGAAGAUUUUUCGAAAAGGAUCACAUUGAGUUUUUUUUUUACCUUAUUUAGUUAGGGAGACAUUGUUUGUUGGUUUCAAUCUAUAAACAUUAUUUGAACUUCGCUAGGUAAGCAGUUUUUUGUGCUUAUUCAACUAAAUUGCUUGUAAAUGAAAGUGGGUUCAUUAUACUUGUAA